GUCUCACCGGUCACUUCCGAAUACUUUCUACCUUUUUUCUCUCUUCUUUCCCGCUUGCCAAACAUAAAAAUGAGUGCCAAAUUUUCCUUAAUAUUCAAUCAAGCUUUAUAUAUAUAUAUAUAUAGGCUUUAAUUCAGUGUUUUCGAAUUUCAUUAUUUUCGCUUUCCUCUCAACGACCAAUACUUGAGUGACUUUGGAUCAAUCAAAGUCGAAGGAUUGGCGACGCUGUGGAGACUUAGCUCUUUACAUCAAAGCAACCAAAAGGAGAAAAAGAUGGAGCGGCUCAUCUCUGUUUGUUUAUGGUUGAUUUUGGCGUUGCAUUUGGUUCUUCGAGUUGCCGGCAAUGCAGAAGGUGAUGCUUUGAAUGCAUUGAAGAACAAUUUGGCAGACCCUAAUAACCUGCUUCAAGAUUGGGAUCCAACCGAUAUCAACCCUUGCCAAUGGUACAAUAUUACCUGUAAUGGUGAAAAUAGUGUGACAAGAAUUGAUCUUGGGAAUGCAAAAUUAUCUGGGAAAUUGGUUCCAGACCUGGGGCUGCUUUCCAAUUUGCAGUACUUGGAGCUUUAUAGUAACAACAUAUCUGGGGAAAUCCCAGAGGAAAUUGGAAAUUUGACAAACUUGGUGAGCUUGGAUCUUUACUUGAAUGUUUUAACCGGCCACAUUCCGGCUACUCUGGGCAAGCUCAGAAAACUGCGUUUCCUGCGUCUCAACAACAACUCCUUGACAGGUCAAAUUCCUAUGGCCUUAACUACUAUUGAUACACUGCAAGUGCUGGAUGUUUCAAACAAUCAACUAGAAGGAGAUAUUCCAGUUAAUGGUUCCUUUUCACUAUUUCAGCCUAUCAGUUUCAGUAAUAAUCGACUCAAUUAUCCUCUUCCUCUACCACCACCUCCUAUGCCAUCUACAGCUUCAACUUCAUCAGGUAAUAGUGCCGUUGGUGCUAUUGUGGGAGUAGUUGCUGCAUCUGUUGUGUUGUUUUCUGCUCCCGCAAUUAUAUUUGCUUAAAACGACAGCGUCUUUCCUUUAGUGUAAUUGGAUUAGUGAUUACAUUUAAUAUAAAGUUAAAUUACUGUUUUGCAUAAUGAUAGAUAUUCAAGAGUCCAGUGUAAUUACACAGUCAUCGUAAUUACAUGUCAAAUUUAAAUAUGCACUUUGUUGAAUUUA